AUUUCAUUGUUAAACAAAAUUUUGAGUAGAACAAAAGAGCGAGCACUAACAUGUCGCAGGCGCAGGGUAAAAACCACAGCGAUGACGAGUUCCAGGAUGCACUGAGUGAACCACCCUUGGCUUCGGUCACAAAGACGUCAACGUUGAACGAACAAAUUAUUGAGGAAAUUGUGGAGAAACAGAGCAAUCUGAAACUGAAUGAUGACGCUGUUAAAAUUGAAGCAGAUGACGAACUGGGUGCUGCAGGUGGCAGCGGCGAUGGUGAAAAUAACGAAACUGAUUCGUCGGACAAAAAAACAGAGUCUCCAAUCGACGUUGAACUAAGCAUCGAAGAGUUACGCGAACUGCAGAAAGAUUGGACGUCGGAAGAAGUAGAACAAAACAAAGAAAAAGCCAACCAGCUAAAACUUGAGGGCAAUGAGCUGUUCAAGAAUGAUGAUCCAGAACGUGCUAUUAAGAUCUACACAGAAGCUCUGAAUAUUUGUCCUGCCGACAGUAGUAAAGAGCGUGCUGUGCUCUACGGUAAUCGCGCCGCAGCCAAGAUCAAGCUAGAGGCUAGAAAAUCUGCUAUAAGCGAUUGCUGCAAAGCUAUAGAACUGUGGCCGGAAUACGUGAGAGCUCUGUUGAGACGCGCAAAGUUAUACGAACAAGAAGAGAGACCCGAUGAGGCGUUGGAGGACUACAAACGGGUAUAUGAAAUUGAUCCUGGCCAGCCGGAUGCUCGAGAGGCGCAAAUACGCUUACCGCCUAUCAUUAACGCACGCAAUGAGAAACUAAAAACAGAAAUGAUGUCUAGCCUUAAGGAUUUGGGAAAUAUGAUACUGAAACCAUUUGGCCUGUCAACUACGAACUUUCAAAUGAAGCAGGAUCCAAACAGCGGCUCCUAUUCCAUUAAUUUCAAUCAAUAGAUUAAUAAUUUAAAAAACUGGCGCCCUUGUGCAUAAAAUAAAGCCGUUUCCUAGAUACUUUUAACAUAGA